CAUAUGAGAUAGGAUAUCAUAUCUUGCAGUCAGUUAAUUGUUCAGUGGCAGACAUUGAUGAUGACAUUAAUAUCCUGUCAAUGAAUCAAUAUAAUGUAUCCAGUAAUAGUACAUUCAUUAACAUUACGGGCCUUAAUGAUAGUACUUGUUAUGUUUUUAGUAUACGUGCAUACACUGAUAAUGGAUAUGGAGUUUGGAUGCUUCUUAGCAUGGAGACAUUGGAAUUGCCUUGUUUUCAGACAUUCACAAAUAUGUAUACUGUAACCACAAGCAUAAUAAAUGUUGGUUCUACAAACUCAGCUGCUUCCUCUAGUAUUGAUAUUGUUAUUGCAUUGAGUGCAAUAGUAGGUGUAUUGCUGAUUAUACUAACUGUUAGUAUUGCAAUCAAUAUCUGGUUACUCAUAUCACAUAUUAGAACAAAUUCUAAAAGAAACCCAAGGUAAGCAC